UAUUCUCCAUCUUGCUUCUCCACCUGCUAUAUAAGCUGCACCAUUGUCCCUCUUUCUUGCAUACAAACACAAGCUAGCCAGUGAUCUUAUUCCUGAGGUAGUGGUAGUUGCGGCCAUUACAGAGCACCUUAGCUUUUCCCUUGAACAUUUCUUUAGAGUAAUCUACCAUGAGUUCAUCAUGGACGACGAAGCAGAACAAGCUGUUUGAGAGGGCGCUGGCGACAUACGACAAAGACACACCGGACCGCUGGCAGAACGUGGCCCGGGCGGUGGGUGGCGGAAAGUCGGCUGAGGACGUGAAGAGGCACUACGAGGAGCUGCUUCAAGACCUGCACCACAUUGAGUCGGCAGGCCGUCAGGGUUCCCAGUAUGGCGGCAGCAGCAGCAGCAACAAAUCCAAGGGUGGCAGCAGCAGCGAGGAGCAGAGGUACUAUUCACGGGACGUCCAUCAGUUACUAUGCUGAGGUACCUCAGGCUCCAGUGAUAAAACCAGGAGGACCUCAUCUGCAACAUCCCUUUUCAGCAUGUACCAAGUACCCUAUAUGCACUAGAUACAUAUCAUGAUGAUGAUUGUGAAGGUGACCCUGCCCAGGCUAAAGCUUGCUCCUACUAGUCGAAAGUCGGAGACAUAAUCGAGUCCCGCAUCGGAAUUGUACCUUUCGUAUUUUGUAUCCAUGUUAACGUGUGUGCUUGCAUGUGUAUGUGUCCCACCACGAGCCCUAUCCCCAGCUAAGCUAUACAUGCAGCGGCAGUGGACUGCCGGGAAUAUCAGAUUGGAAAGGACGGGUGCUUGUUUGGUGUGGUCUGUCCGUGUAAUCUUAUCUGUCCCGUAUCGUCAGAUUGUCUAAUGGGAAUUCAAGUCUGUGGGUCACUCAUUACAGGCGCCGACUCUUCGUAUCUG